AUGACGCCUCAGGAAGCGGCAAACGACGCCCUGAACACCACCCUGAUCGAUGUGCAAUCGCUCAUGAAGCGUUGCAUGAAGUUAAAGGAAGCCGAUCCAGAGACCUUCAGGCUCUCGGAUGAAAUCGCCCGGCGAGUGGCCAAAGAUUUGAAACUGUAUGCGGGGACUGCAACAUCAUUCUCUCCCCUGCUACUCUCCUGUGCCGCCAUUAUCCGGCAGUGCUCAAAGGCUGGCACCUUUGAGAGUGUCCCCGAUUGGACCUCUGUCGCAGAAGACGACCCAAGGAUCAAGACCCAUCCAAGAUUCGAGAAGACCUUGGGCUACCGCCGUCCCUCUCUAGUUGAGGUUCCUGCCGACUUGGAUCCUCAAGAUGCUGCAUCUGCAUCUGCGACCACUGUCCCUUCAGCAGCUCCCGUUUCACCGACAUCUGCACCGCCAGCUCUUCCAGCCAGCCAAUCCCUCGACAAUCUGAUUGCUGCACCGGCAGCAGAACACAAGCUGGUAUCGCCGGCGCCAGACCCGAUGGCUGCGGGCAUACAAAGCCCUCCCCACCUCCCUGUCAAAUUCAAUCUCUUUGUGGCCGGCACCAAGAAGAAAUCCGGAAUGGUGGCCCCGCAGGUCGGUAACACCAAGAAGAGAAAGGCCGAAGAUGAGGAUACCGAUGUCGAUGAUCCCAAGUCGCACCCUCCAUCCUCAAAGCCAAGACAGAAGAGGAAGAAGAAGUUCUUGUCGGCCGACGAGGACAAAGUUUGCACCGGGACUAUUUAUGUAAAGUCCAAUGCAGCAUCAGACAAGGAUUCGGAUGCGGCUGGUCCGGAUUUAUCGGAUGCGGCGGAUGACGAGAGUUUCCUUGAAGUAGAGACAAGGCCUGCCGAAUGGGGUCAGGAUUCUCAGAUCGCAACACCAUGGAAGCAUUCCGUCCGUUACCAUCCUCGGCAGUGCGACAAGUGCACCAAAUUGGACAUACCCUGCGUUGUCCUUCCGGACAAAAAACGUCCCGCUGCGAUCUCCAAGACCCCGGGUAAGAGAUCACUUGCCCAACCCCCUCGGGUUGAGCUCGACGUAAUUGAAGAGAAGAAGCAACAGCUGGGUCCGCCGGUCGGUGCGCCCAUGCGCAAAGUCCCAACCGUUGGCACAAGCCGUCGGCCGGCACAGGACGAUCAGCCUGCGCCAGAAAACCGCGCCGAUCCCGAGCCAACUGCAAGAGACAUCUUGCAGAGCAUCCACGACCUCGGCAGGAGAUUGGAUCUCCUGGCCACCAAUGAGAGGGUGGACGCCUUGGAGGUAAGAGUGCGUUCGGUGGAGAAUAUCCUCCACCAGCGGUUAGACGCACUGGAGCAAAGGCUCAACGCCUCAGAUGCCCGGUAG